GUCUAAGCACGUUCCGUUCCCAGCGGUUCCCACCGCGCAUCAAUCAAACCCUAAACCCUGCUCUCGCGCCGCCGCCCGCCCGCCCGCUAUGUCGCUGCCACACCCGGUGCCCCGAGAGACGGUGGCCAGCGCCGUCGCCUCCCUCACGAUGUGGAUGAAGAAGCGCACAGCGCAGACGCGCCCAAACCUCCUCGCCGACGAGCGCGACGACCUCGUCGUCCUCCAGCUCUCGCUCCGCCGUAUCCCCGCCUCGUCCAGCGCCAGGCCGCGCCUCCUCCCGCUCCCGCAUCCCGUCAUCGGACACGACGGCGCCUCCGUCUGCGUAAUCUCGGACGACCGCCCCAAGUCGCGGUCCCCUUCCGCCUCCGAUCUCCUCCACGCGUCGAAGUCGCUCCACCGCCUCCCAGUCUCUGACGUCAUCCCGCUCUCCACGCUCCGCACGGACUACCGCCCCUACGAGUCGCGGCGCCGCCUCGCAGCCUCCCACGACCUCUUCAUCGCCGACCGCGCCAUUGUCCCCCUUCUGCCGCGCGUCCUCGGGAAGGCGUUCUACGCCACCAAGAAGGCUCCGAUUGGAGUCGAUUUCAGCCGCGUCGGAUGGCCGGAGCAGGUCCGCAAGGUCCUUGGCUCUGCUUUUCUGUACCUGCGGUCGGGGACCUGCUCGGGGAUCAAGGUGGGUAGGCUGGACAUGGAGGAAGAGGUGAUCGUGGACAAUGUGAUGGCCGCAGUGGAGGAGGCUGUCGAGAAGGUGCCAAAGAAGUGGGCCAACGUUAGGGCACUGCAUCUGAAGGCUGUGGAUUCAGUUGCUCUACCAAUUUACCAGGUUGUACCAGAGUUGGGUAUGAAAAUCGAGGUGCCUGAAAUUAUUGGAUCUGGGGAGGUUAUUGAUGCCGCAGAAGCGGAGACUUGUGGGAAGAAGAUUGACAAGAAGGGGGAUGCUGGUGCCCGUGGAAGAGAGGUAUUUGCCAAUGUGAGUGCCAAGAGGAAGAGGAAUAAGAAGGGGCAGGUUGAGGAUGAUGUUGCGAUGCAGGAAGAAGUCCAGGUGGAGAUAGAGAAAAAGAAGAGGAAAAGCAUUGUGAUUUCUGCUAAUGACAGCCAGAUGGCUGGCAAGAAGGGUGAAAAGAAGGGCAAACGUGGUUUGGAAAAUAAGGUGAACGAAGCCAGUUUGGACAACAAGAAGGUUAAGAUGGGGAAGACUGAGCAGAGGAAGAAGAAGAGCAUGAACGGUGAUGGUGAAGUCGGUACUGAGGAAAUGCAGGGAGAUAAGAAGAUCAAGGUGGAGAAAUCAGAUGUCAAGAUCAAGAAGUUGAGGACCAGGAUAAGAGUAUAAGGUUGCAGUUGAUAUCACUGUUGGAGGUGCCUCUUAAAAUAUUCAGUUCUGCGUAUUUGUAGGCUGGAUAUCCAAAUCAUCGAUGAAUUGAGUUAGUCAAUUGUUAUCAGCUGGAAGAACUAUAUCAUCUGUUAAAGUUCCAAGAUUUUCCAUCAAUCAGAUAUACCUCAAAACUUGGUCCCUUAGGUUUCUUCUGAAUUUGUUUCUUCAGGUUUUGCGAGCUUGGUAGCUCAAACCUAUUGGUUAUAGAAGUAUGGCAGAAUUGUUUCUUGCUAAAGCUAUGUACUUCGCUUGACUCACAACGAUUGUGUGUUGAUCUUCUAAGAAUAUGCUUAUGUUGUCAUUGUUGUCUUGGCUUCUCGGAAGUAUCCCUCACGAUGUACCUCCCCUUAAUAAUGAUGGUUCUAUCCGGC